AGAUAACCUCUUUUUGAACCAUGUCGAAGUCGUGGAAAGGAAGGAAACCAGCAAUACAUCCAUCGAUGCUGACUAUUUGGUUCAUGAUCUUCUUUGGAGGAUGUUUUUCACCUUCAAUUUCCACUGACAAGUUGUUUUUAGCUGAAGCAGAACUCGCCGUCAUCAUAAUGGCAGAAGCGAAGGACUACAGUUUCGUCAAUCAGUCUUUCACUGUACUUCCUUUGACCGGUCUGACGUUUCCUGUUGGUGUUGAAUAUGACCCGAUAGGUGACCAGGUUUAUUGGACUGAUGCAAUCUUGCAUACUGUUAAUAGGGCUAGACUGGAUGGAUCUUCUCAAGAAAUCAUUGCACAAUUACAAAAUGUAACCGGUGAUUUUCAUUAUCCGUAUGGAAUAGCUCUGAAUCUUGACGAUGAGAAGGUCUACUGGACAGAUCAAUAUCGUGACGUCAUCGAGAUGUCAAACCUUGAUGGCACAGAUAGGGUGGUCCUCAUCCUAACGGGAUUUAAUGCCUACCCUCAUGCAAUCGUGUAUUCAACAUUUCGCAGGAAGAUUUACUGGACUGACCACGGGCAAUACUCCAAGAUUGAAAUGGCCAAUCCAGACGGGACAGAACGUGAGACACUCGUUGAUGACGAAGUGGAGUAUCCGUUUGCUGACCCAACUGCCAUCUGCCUGGAUUCUACAGAGCAAUUACUUUACUGGGCCGAUAUCACGGAAAACAGCAUUAACUUUCUGAACCUAGAGACCAUGGAACAAGGCUUUUUCCGUAUUAUCAAUUCAACGCAGCAUCCACUUGAUCUCGCUCCGUUUGGCGUAGCAAAAUAUUUCGAGGAUUUUUAUUUUACGGACAACAAUUAUAAUGGACUAUAUAAUGUUGAUGUACCUGAGAAUGAUAUAUUUCUUGUAUUGGAAUUGCCCACCCCAGUUGAAAUCCAUAUCUACGCAGGUAAGGACGGACGCCAUUCCCUUUGUUGUUAUACGUGUAUAUUUGUUGGAUCAACAUCAACAACUUUUAGGCCCGAAUUCACAAAAGUGGUUUUGAAAAUCCAGGGUUGAGUCCAUGGUUUAUGCAGAU